AUGGGGUAUGCAGCUAUAUGGCCGGAAUCCUCCCUUUAUGCAAUACCCGACAAGCUCUCCUCGCUCGACGCUGCACCGAUGAUGUGUGCUGGAGCAAGCAUAUUCAACAUCUACGAACAAUGCGGCAUCAAACCCAACGAUAGAGUUGGGAUUAUAGGGCUAGGGGGUCUUGGCCACAUGGCACUGAUAUUCGGAGCCAAGCUGGGCUUGGAAACGGUCGUCUUUACGCAUAGUGUUGCAAAACAAGUUGACGCUAUUGUCAUGGGUGCAACAGAAUUCAUCCCCCUUGAAGACCUGCCACGCAUUAUCUCAGCUCGGCGGAAGCGGCGGGACAGUGACAGCGGUAUCGAUGACCAGGAAAGAAAUAGCAUGGAUGAUGGAAGUGAAGUCGACGCUGAGAACAUCCGACCGCUAGACCACUUGAUAGUCACCACUACAGAGAGCAUAGAUUGGUCUACUUUUUUUGAGCUGAUGGCUCCACGUGGUACGGUGCAUUUGCUAGCCGGGAACACGAAGGACAAUCUUGUUGUACCUUCUGCGGCGCUGAUCGACUCCGGGCUACGGGUGUUCGGUAGCCUUGUUGCCCCGAGAAGCGUCAUGAUUCGAAUGUUGGACUUUGCCGCUAGAAAUCGGGUGAAGCCAAUAGUACAGAAAUUCCCCCUCACGGCAGAGGGGGUCAACACUGCAUUCCAGAAACUGGAUGAGGGGACCAUUCGAUACCGCGGAGUGCUGGAAACCCCGAUGGACUGUUUAUACAAGGUUUCACCAUAG